AUGGCCACUUAUAGUGCUUCACCAUCCUAUGGCGCUCCACCCAAUGUUGUUUACGUAGCUCCCGCAUACGGAGGUGAUGCUAGUCAAGUUCACGAUUGGCUUAUUUGGUCUAUUAUCAAUAUAUUCGUUGGAUGGGGUGGCGGCCUUUUACCUCUUAUUUUUUCCAUCAUUUGUCGUUCCCACAAGAACAGCAACGAUGCUGCAGGAGCGCGUACUUUUAGCAUUCUGGCAUUAGUGUUCAAUAUUCUUGCUACGAUCGGUGGAGUAAUUGGGUGGAUCUAUCUGAUUAUAUUCUUUGCCGUCAUCGCUAGUAUUCACACAUAA